AUGGCACCGUUCCUGCGCAUCGCCUUCAACUCUUAUGAGCUGGGCUCCCUGCAGGCCGCGGACGAGGCGAGCCAGCCCUUCUGUGCUGUGAAGAUGAAGGAGGCACUCAGCACAGAGCGCGGGAAGACGCUGGUGCAGAAGAAGCCCACCAUGUACCCCGAGUGGAAGUCCACGUUCGACGCCCACAUCUACGAGGGCCGCGUCAUCCAGAUCGUGCUGAUGCGGGCAGCCGAGGACCCCAUUUCCGAGGUGACGGUGGGCGUGUCCGUGCUGGCCGAGCGCUGCAAGAAGAACAACGGCAAGGCCGAGUUCUGGCUGGACCUGCAACCCCAAGCCAAGGUGUUGAUGUCUGUGCAGUAUUUCCUGGAAGACGGAGAUUGCAAGCAGUCUCUGCGAGGUGAAGACGAGUCCGCGUUCCCAACGAUGAACCGCCGUGGAGCCAUCAAACAGGCCAAGAUUCACUACAUCAAGAACCACGAGUUCAUCGCCACCUUCUUCAGGCAGCCCACCUUCUGUUCCGUGUGCAAAGAGUUCGUCUGGGGUCUCAACAAGCAAGGCUACAAGUGUAGGCAAUGCAACGCCGCCAUCCACAAGAAAUGCAUCGACAAGAUCAUCGGCCGGUGCACCGGCACCGCCACCAAUAGCCGGGACACCAUAUUCCAGAAAGAACGUUUCAACAUCGACAUGCCGCACCGAUUCAAGGUUUACAACUACAUGAGCCCCACCUUCUGUGACCACUGUGGCAGCCUGCUCUGGGGGCUGGUGAAGCAGGGAUUAAAGUGUGAAGACUGUGGCAUGAACGUGCACCACAAGUGCCAGAAGAAGGUCGCCAACCUCUGUGGCAUCAACCAGAAGCUCUUGGCUGAGGCAUUGAACCAAGUCAGCCAGAAAGCCCCCCGGAAAUCAGAGGCGGAGCCUGCAGAGCCUUUUGGGAUCUACCAGCAUUUUGAGAAAAAACUAGGAUUCUUGGGAAAUUUUUCCCUAGAUAAAGCGGACUCUGGGACUUACGGCAAGAUCUGGGAGGGCACCUCCAAGUGCAAAAUCGAGCACUUCACCUUCCACAAGGUCCUGGGCAAAGGCAGCUUCGGGAAGGUGCUGCUCGGGGAGCUGAAGGGCAAAAAGGAGUUCUUUGCCAUCAAGGCCCUCAAGAAGGACGUGGUGCUGAUCGACGACGAUGUGGAGUGCACCAUGGUGGAGAAGCGGGUGCUGGCGCUCGCCUGGGAGAACCCCUUCCUCACCCACCUCUACUGCACCUUCCAGACCAAGGACCACCUGUUCUUCGUGAUGGAGUUCCUCAACGGCGGGGACCUGAUGUACCACAUCCAGGACAAGGGCCGCUUUGAGCUGUACCGGGCCAUGUUUUAUGCUGCUGAGAUCAUCUGUGGACUGCAGUUUCUACACAGCAAAGGGAUCAUUUACAGGGACCUCAAGCUGGACAACGUGAUGCUGGACCAGAACGGCCACAUCAAGAUCGCCGACUUCGGGAUGUGCAAAGAGAACAUAUUCGAGGAUACGAAGGCCAGCACCUUCUGCGGUACCCCUGACUACAUCGCCCCCGAGAUCCUGCAGGGCCAGAAGUACUCCUUCUCCGUGGACUGGUGGUCCUUCGGAGUCCUCCUCUACGAGAUGCUCAUUGGCCAGUCCCCCUUCCACGGCGACGACGAGGACGAGCUUUUCGAGUCCAUCCGAGUGGACACGCCGCAUUAUCCCCGCUGGAUCACCAAGGAGUCCAAGGAUAUCCUGGAGAAGCUGCUUGAAAGAGACCCAGACAAGAGGCUGGGGGUGACUGGGAACAUCAAAACCCACGCCUUCUUCAAGACCAUCAACUGGACCCAGCUGGAGAAACGUCAGGUGGAGCCGCCCUUCAAGCCCAAAGUGAAGUCCCCUGGAGACUUCAGCAACUUCGACCAGGACUUCCUGAACGAGAAGCCACGCCUGUCCUACAGCGACAAGAACCUCAUCGACUCCAUGGACCAAACGGCGUUCGAUGGCUUCUCCUUCAUCAAUCCCAAAUUCGAGAGGCUCUUGGAAAACUGA